AUGGCGUCUAAAUCCCUCUACGCUAUCAUUGCUGGCGUCGGUCCAGGCACAGGUCGAUCUGUCGCUUUACGCUUUGCCCAGAAAUAUCCCGUUGUUCUUUUCGCCCGUCGCCCAGAGAGCUAUGAGAGCACUCUCGCAGAUGUCGAGAAAGCGGGCGGCAAAGCCAUCGGCAUCACGGCUGACGUCGCUGACCCAGCAUCUCUGAAGAAGGCCUUUGACGACAUCAACAAGCAAUUUCCCAACAGUCAUCUCGCAGCAGCAGUCUACAACGUCGGCAGCGGCGGAUUCUCCAAAAAGCCCUUCUUGGAACAGACAGAGAAGGAUCUCGAUGCCAGCAUCGACGGCUCAAUCAGUUCAUUCUUCCACUUUGCACAGGCUGCUAUUCCUCACCUUUUGGAGGCUGUGCCGGAGUCACACUAUCCACCUACUCUCAUCCUUACUGGUGCUACGGCUUCCAUCAAGGGAAGCCCACAGUUCAGCACUUUUGCAGCGGGCAAAUGGGGACAGCGCGCGAUGCAUCAGUCUCUAGCGAGGGAGUUUGGGCCAAAGGGUGUUCAUAUUGCGCAUGCCAUCAUCGACGGAGUCAUUGAUAUCCCGAGAACGAAGGAGUGGGCAGCAAACGAUGGUGCUGAGGAUGGAAAGAUUAGUCCUGAUGCGAUUGCAGAGGCAUACUGGAACCUUCACACACAGCAUCGAUCUGCUUUUACACAGGAAAUUGAUAUCCGACCUUAUGUUGAGAAGUGGUAA